UCUGAGAACAGAUCAGUGAGCGCUCGGCCUCUUCCUCUCCCGCCAGCAUGUUUGCGCAGGACGUCUAUGAAAGUCGCGUUUAAGUACGUGAACACCGUGCUGUCUUGUGUGAUCUUUGUGGUGGGCGUAGUGGGUAAUGCCACGCUGUUAAGGAUCAUAUGCCUCCACAAGAACAUGAGAAAUGGCCCCAAUGCCCUCAUUGCCAGCCUGGCACUGGGAGACCUCAUCUACAUUGCCAUUGACAUCCCCAUCCACAUCUAUAAGUUGCUGGCGAUGAGGUGGCCGUUUAAUGAUACGGUGUUCGGACUCUUCCUGUGUAAGCUCUUUCCCUUCCUACAAAAGGCUUCAGUUGGGAUAACAGUAUUCAACCUGUGUGCCCUCAGUGUGGACAGGUAUCGUGCUGUGGCCUCGUGGAGCCGUGUGCAAGGUGUGGGAAUCCCGGCUUCGACGGCAGUAGAGAUCAUGUGUAUCUGGGUGUUGUCCAUUCUUUUGGCUGUUCCUGAAGCUGUGGGCUUUAACAUGGUCAGCUUUGACCACAACAAUGUGACUGUACAGACCUGCAUGCUCAAGCCAGAAUCACAGUUUAUGACUUUUUACAGAGACGCGAAGGACUGGUGGUUGUUUGGGUUUUACUUCUGUGUGCCGUUAGCAUGUACAGCUGUCUUCUACACUCUGAUGACCUGCGAGAUGCUGAAUUACAGGAAAGGAAGUCUGAGAAUUGCACUCAGUGAGCACCUCAAACAGCGACGUGAGGUAGCGAAGGCUGUAUUCUCUCUGGUGCUAAUCUUCGCUCUGUGCUGGUUUCCUCUUCACCUGAGUCGCAUCCUGAAGAAAAUGGUUUACUUUCAGCACGAUGCCCAGCGCUGUGAUCUGCUCAAUUUCUUGCUGGUGCUUGAUUACUUCAGCAUAAACCUGGCGACUAUAAACUCCUGCAUCAAUCCCAUCAUACUCUAUCUCGUCAGCAAGAAGUUCAAAAGCUGCUUUAAGUCAUGCCUGUGUUGUUGGUGUUAUUCGGGAUCUUUGCUGAGCAACAUGGGGACCAGCAUCCAGUACAAGAUCCCUGACCUACAGAACGGCCUUACAGACCGCACAGCAUUGCGAAAGGACAGUUACACAUAAACGAUGAUGACGAUGGUCCAAAAGCAACUGAUAACA